UUUAUCUUAGCAAAACCCAUGUGAUUCUCACUGACACUUUCUAGUCUCUGAGAGUCUCCCUAUAUCUGCUGCUCUCAUACGCAGCAGCAAACCCAAAAACUUCCCUCCAAAUCCAACUCUUCACUUCUAUUCCCCGUGACGCCCUCUCUCCCAUUCCACACAAUAUAUAAACCCAACAAACCAUAUCAAAAAAACACAAUCCAACCCCUUCUCAUUUCCCAUCUCUUAAAAAAAAAAAAAAAACCGCACAAACUGCACCGCAAACAUGAUCGCAACCACUCGAAUCACUCGUCUUGCGGUUGCCAUUCUCGUCUUAGCAGCCUCAAAUUUCACGCCUCCAUCCAAUGCGCACGACUACCAAGACGCGCUGUCGAAAGCCGUCUUGUUUUUCGAGGGGCAGCGGUCGGGCGUGCUGCCACAGUUCCAGCGCAUGACGUGGCGGGACAACUCGGGGCUGAGCGACGGUUGGACUUACAACGUCGAUUUGACGGGUGGCUACUACGACGCAGGCGACAACAUCAAGUUUGGUUUCCCAAUGUCGUUCACCACCACAAUGCUGGCGUGGAGCGUCAUCGAGUUUGGCGACUCUAUGCCUCCCGCCGAGCUACGCAAUUCCAUGGUGGCUAUUCGAUGGGCCUCGGACUACUUGCUCAAAACCGUCUCACAGCUCCCUAACCGAAUUUUUGUGCAGGUUGGUGACCCCAUAAUUGAUCACAACUGCUGGGAAAGACCGGAAGAUAUGGACACAGCCCGGACGGUGUACGCCGUCGACGCGCCCAAGCCUGCCUCGGAUGUCGCCGGCGAGACCGCGGCGGCUCUGGCGGCGUGUUCGAUGGCGUUUAGGGCUUAUGACCCCAGUUACUCGGAGACACUCAUAAGAAAUGCUGUGAAGGCCUUUGAGUAUGCUGAUACUAAUAGAGGAGCUUAUAGUGAUAACUCUGAUAUUAGGGAUGGCGUGUGCCCUUUUUAUUGUGACUUUAGUGGUUAUCAGGAUGAAUUAUUGUGGGGGGCAGCAUGGCUAAGGAGGGCGACUCAAGAUGGUUCAUUCUUAGAUUACAUACAAAACAAUGGAAAAACUCUUGGUGCUGAAGAUAACAUCAAUGAAUUUGGGUGGGACAAUAAACAUGCUGGCCUAAAUGUUCUAGUUUCGAAGGAAGUACUAGAAGGCAACAUGUACAAUCUUGAAUCGUACAAAGCCUCGGCAGACAGCUUCAUGUGCACCUUAGUUCCGGAGUCAUCAUCCUCUCACAUUGAGUACACACCCGGUGGCCUCAUAUACAAGCCCGGAGGCAGCAAUUUGCAACACUCAACCACAAUCACAUUUCUCAUGCUUGUCUAUGCCAACUACUUGGCCAAAACAUCCCAAACCCUAAAUUGCGGUAACAUAAAUGUUAGCCCAACUUGGCUACGCCAACAAGCCAAAAAACAAGUGGAUUACAUUUUAGGUGACAACCCUAUGGGCAUGUCCUACAUGGUAGGGUACGGGGACCGCUACCCUAAACGAAUCCACCACCGCGGCUCAUCCUUGCCCUCGGUUAAGGACCAUCCUCAGGUCAUCGCCUGCAAGGAGGGCUCGACUUACUUCAAUUCGUCCGAUCCAAACCCUAAUGUGCUGGUCGGAACCAUAGUAGGGGGUCCGGGGAAUGAUGAUGUGUACGAGGACGAUCGCGCUGAUUUUAGGAAGUCGGAGCCUACAACUUAUAUCAAUGCGCCAUUUGUUGGGGCCCUUGCAUAUUUUGCUGCUAAUCCAAACCCCUAAUUUUUUUUGGCGCCAAGAUAUUGCGGUUGGUGGUGGUCAAAAUUAAGCAUACAACUAAUUUUUGUGUAUAGUACCAAUAACUUCAUACACUUGAAGAUAGGGAGAAGAUAAAUGUCUCUCAUCUUGGUUGGAGCAAGAGAGAAGAGGCCUUGUUAAUUGUUGAAAUUACACCCCUAUAUAUAUGUAUUUAUAGAUUUCUCGGUCACAAAAACUUGUGACAUUUUCAUUGAUGAAAAAAUCCCCAUCCGGGACAACUCAGUGGCUCUGAGUUUUUUUAUUUCAAUUUUUUUUGGGGGUCUAUAUAUCAUAGACGAAUAAUGAAGAGCUUUCUAAUGUAAAAUCCAGCAUGAUGUGGCCAGUUUGUUGGUUUUGUAAUUAUGGAAUAUAUAUAAGAAUUAUCAACUAUUGUUAUCACCA